AUGAAAAGAAAAAGGCACUCAAAAAAGAAUUUGAAAAUAAAAAAGCGCUCAAAAAAGGAGGAAAAAACCCACACCAUUCAAGCAGCCAAGGAUAACAACAUUGUUCUUGCAAAGGAUAAUAUGCACGAGGUUGAGGCCUUCACUAAUAUUGGAAAUUCCAAUGAUGAUCUAACAAAGAAGAGAAAGAAUGAACUGCAACUGGAAGGAAUAAGUGUAAAAGGAACUGACAAUCAAUGUGGUUUACAGCAUGCUGAAAACCAGACUCAAGAACAACUGGGGUUAGAAGAAAUUCAUACAGAAGAAAUGGGUGAAGAAUAUCAGGAGAUACCAAAAGAGGGUAACUCAGUGCAAGUAUUGCCAUAUGGUGACAGCUCUAGGGAUGAUCUUCAAAAGAAAAAGGAAAAAAUCAAGACCUAUGAAUACCAGGAGAUACCAAAAGAGGGUAAGUCGGUGCGAGUAUUGCCAUAUGGUGACAACUCUAGGGAUGAUCUUCAAAAAGAAAGGGGAGAAAAUCAAGACCUACAGAUUGAUAACAUCAUCAGCACAGUCAAUACGAAUAUACUAGCUAGUUAUGGUCAGCCUGACGGAGGGAUUAAGAAAAAGAAAGAGAAAAUACCAUCCAAUGAGAACUUGAACCUGGACACACCUGAUGUGGAACCUAAUAUUACUGAAACCACGCACAUGGCAACUGACCAUCAGAGUGCAGAUACAGGGCUAAAUGCUCUGUGUUUUCGGUUGGGCUAUGAAGAAUUCAUUGAUGGUUGGAAUGUUGGCAUAGAUGGUAUGCGUGUUGGUGGAAAGAGGAGGCUUAUCGUCCCACCUUCAAUGGAUUUUGGAGAUAACGCAUUGGGAGAAGAUGUUCCACCGAACUCAUGGCUGAUACACGAAAUUGAUCUGCUUAGUGUACGAAUAUAA